AUGGCCCAAUCACACCAGAGCGGCUUUUCCCUCUUCCCUCUGCCGCCCACGCCCCCCGCAAACAAACAACGUGCUGUCAGGCUGUGGAGAGAUCAGCAGCAACAGGCCAUCGAGGCCCUGCCUCAAGUUGAGGACGAUCUGAUGGAGGAUUCUCAUGAGAAGACUCAAUCCCGGCUCCGACCAGCUCCACUGAGACUACGGAAGAGACGAUCCGCUCAGCAGAAGCACACGAGUGCGAAGCCAACGCUUAGGGUCGUCAAUCCUGACCCAAAGACCCCAGACCAAUCCGUUGUCGACCUCACUGCUCAACCUGAGCCAGCGGUCCCUGCACAGCCUUUCUCUUUCCCGGUUCCCGGAAUCAUUCCUCCAACGCCCCUCAGCUCUCCAUCUUUGGGAAAUGACGAUCUGACGCCAUGGCCCACGUUCGUCACAGAGGAUGAUCCCCUUCGAUCGACCCCAUCCGCUCCACCUUUGUUAAAACGCAAGUCUUAUCGAAAUAGCCAGUGGAUUGAUCCCAAUGGUCAGGUGGACCGCAAAAAACUCUCCAUCUAUCUCACCAAAGCUUUGGAUUCUUCUUUUCAGGUCAUCGAUACCGUGGACAGUGACGAUCUCUUCCAGACUCCGGCGCUUCGAAGUCCUCGACCAGAAAGCAACUAUGGCUGGUGUAAAAAAACUCUUGGUGGCGAACCUGAAGGCUUGAAGAUUACUGCAAGCGAACCUGCGAAGCGAGCCCUGAGCUACUACGAAGAUGUCGCCCCUCAGUUUGCAGCCUCGAAAACUCGUGCGCAAGUUCCCACUCUGCCAUCAUCGUACUCGGCGUCGAGAUGCGAGUGUCCUCCUGGUGUUCUACUCUGCAAGACCUGUUCGUCCCAGGAAUUCGAGAACUUCCGACGGCGACAGAGUGAGCACAAACCAAAGCCUAGCGUAAGCUCAACAAAGUGCUUGUUGGCUGUGCCUCGAGCCCGUUUCAGAACCACGCUGACGAAUGUGGAUGAAUCUCCGUCGGCCUCAUCUCCACCAGAACUGAUGUUUGAUUCUGAUGAAGGUGAAGAUUCGGAUUGGUCGGUACCCAGCUCUCCUGACCGGGCUGAGACACCGAUUCCAGCGAUGCAAGAGACUCCGACGCCCGCUCCUCGGCCGGCUGCGGCUUUUGCUCGACCUAAUGCCGUGUCAAGACCCAAUGUUCCAUCGUUUUCUCUACCCUUCAGUCACGGACGUCAGAUUCGUCCCCGCAUCUAUCAGGCCGAGUCCAACAGAACUUCGGCACGCCAUACCUUCUCAUCCUCUCCUAGCUCAACGGUUCCAACCUUGGCUAGUAUUUCUACCAUUUCAACCUUUGCAUUUGACUUCUCCAACACGGAUACCCAGACUGAUUAUGAUCCAUUCGACGAAAACUAUGAACACGGCGAAAUCCGAACAUACGAGCCUGUUCAGAAGGCGAAGCCAGUGUUGGUUCAUUGCCGUGGACCAAGUCCGGUCACGAUCAAAUAUGGAAAUGCCACAAGCUUUCGCUCCCGUGGGCAGCAUUCCGCAGACAGUGGAUACAACACUCUAUAUGUAUGA